UGUGCCUUUUUUGUUUUUAUUUUUUGGAAAACUUAAAGCAACUUUGAGAACUUCCUGUCAGGCAAGCUGCUGCUUAUCAACGAUUUUCUACCCAGUUACCUCUUCCUGCUGCCUGCUGUGGCCAUCUGCUGUGGACUUUGGUUCUUGCAUCACAGGCCAAUGUUUCUCUGGCCUUUGUGGUCCUUUGUGGCCCUGGGGCGGCCAGAGCUGCCCCGACCUUGCUCAGGAUCAGGGCAGCAACCACGAUGUCAGCCUCAAGGUCCAAACCCAAAGCCACUCAGAAUGGGACCUUCAGGUCAGGAGCCAUGGUGGUUUCUGGAGUCAGAAGCGACAACACAUCUCAGGAAGACGAAGUGAACCCCUGGGGAGGCUGCAGAGGCCAGCUGUGGGCAGUGCCUGUGACUUGGCCAGCUGUGGCUCUGCUGAAGCCAUUGGUGGUCCCAGCCAUACCUCCUGCCCGGAGCCCGCUCCUCCUUGUUUGAAACAGGAAUCUCCAGACAAUACCAGCCAGCACCCCCAACACAGCACCUCAGAGGUUCUGCUGAGGCCAGAGCCACCCAACAACCUGGAAGACGCACCCCUACUGCCCCGCCCCGUGUCCUUGCUCACAGAAACAGGGGCAAAGGGCAAGCCUGCCACCCCAGGGCCAGCCCAGCCAGAGCCAGAGACCUUGUGUACUCGUCCCUGUGUCAAAAGGACCCGCUACCACAUCACUGUCACCCUACAGGGGUGCGGGCAGACACCUGGGAAGGAAGGGAAGGAACCGGCCAGACCAGCUCCCCACCCCUGUGGCCCUGAGGAAUCCAGGGGCUGGCAGGAGCCUCCCCAGGAACUCCGCCCUAUCACCGGGUGUCCAAUCAACCCGCUUGAGGAGCCACAGCAGAGUGUCCCACAGCAUCAGGGAAGCGGGGCCCAGCCGGAGCUCAGAGUGGGCUGGGACGCUGGAUCCCCACACAGCAGGGAGCCAGGCCACAGUGUGACGAGGACAUCUCAAGUUUUGCUGGGGCCCAACAUGGAAGAGACGGCUGGGACCCCGGCUGGAGCUGAGGCCCGAGUGGUAAGUGCCACACUGACCUGGCACCAACGGCCUCCUGUCCAGGAAGAGACCAGACACCGUUUUCACAAAGUAUCCCUGGUGUCGGGUGCCCGGACGGAAGCCCCACGGGAGGACGUGUUUGAACACAGCUUCCGGAGAGAAAUCAAUGGCUUUGCUAAGAAGGAAGAGGAGACUAUACAUUGCCAGGGUCCUGGGGAGGAGCCCGGAUCCGUGAACUUUCAGAGCCACGGGCCCAUUUUUUCCAAGAAAUAUAUUCCACCCCCCAAGGAGAAAAGGCCAAUGGUGAGGCUGCAGGAGGCUGUGGAUUGGGGUGAUGGAGGUGCCCAGGCUCCCAGAACUGAACCACCAGGCAUGGGAUCCAUGGCUAGGACUGAGUUAUUGGUGCCCUUGCCGGGGCCACGGGAGCCGAGUCCCCAUCCCGGUGUGGGUGUCACCAGCGGGGGUCCCAGGAACCGUGAGGAAUGGCGGGUGACGCGCACAGUGAGGACCACCACCACUACUGUGGUGGGAGGGCAAGUGGACCGCCGAGUGAGCAGCUCUGUGAGUGUGGGGCCGUCGGUGUCCGGGGAGGCCCUGACAAGGGGCCGCAAUGUGACCCGAACAGUGCGGGCAGUGGUGGUGAGCCCGAAAGCCGAGAGCUCACCCAGCCGCAGCCAGGCCCUGGAGCUGCUGAGCAACCUCGUACCAGCCGAGCGCAGCCCUCCUGCCAGCCGAAUCCCAAGGCUCACGGGGCUUACUUCGCGGAGCUCAGCCCUGGGUGGCGCGGUGGGGACGCCCCUGGGACAGCUGCUUGAGACGAGCGCGGCUGAGCUGAAGAACAACAUAACCUUGGCCCCGGUCGCCGAUCACCCCACUCAGAACCAGAACGUCCCUGUCGCCCACCCGGUCCAAGACCAAGGCGGUGUCUCGGAUGCCAGGGCUGGGGAAUUUUCGAGACUGCAGGGAGCCUCCAGUCCUGUCCUGCUCCCCAACCAGACUUCUCAGAACCAUAUACCAGCACCCUCUUCUCCCAAGCCCCAGGCCCGUGCCUCCUCCUCCCUGGUCCAUCCUCCAGAGCAGCCCUUGGUACCCACACACCUCAAAGACCAACCCACACCUCGUGUCCUGCCCUCUGUGGAGGAGAAGGUUGCCGGUCUCCCCAUGGCCCCUGUUCUGCCCGGGGUGAAGGGCAGGGUUACAGUACUGGAACAGCCUCCCAGCCCGUCCUCUGUGAGGAGGAAAGCUGUCCCUAGCCCACAAGGCCUUUCUGCCCCGGCUUCACCAAAAAGGAAGUCUGUUCAGGACCCUGAAAAUGUGCCUGUUUCUGUUCUUACUCAGAAAGAGGUACUUCCGGGCCCUAGUGUUCCUGUCCACUCCCAUACCCCAAAAGAGCUUGUGCAGGCCUUUGGUGCUUCUGCUACCUCAUCCUCCGGGCCAGCCACGGUUGUCCAGAGUCUCGAAGAAGGUCCCUUAGUCAAGAAGGAGGAUGACCAGGAUCCUCAGGAUAGCCCUUCCCAUCCCGUUCCUCGGAAAGAGACUGAAGGCCCCGCUGCCCCUAGUCCCCUGACCCCCAAACAAGAUGAGAUUGUCCAGGAUUCUCAAGGGGACUCUUUCUCAUCACCUACCCCAAACGAAAGUUUCCAGAGCCCUGCCGUGCCCCUUGCUCCGUCCUCUUCAGAGGUCAAUGUGUCCCUCAGUCUAGAAGGCUCUCCUGCCCCAAAGCCAGUUGGAGCAGAGGCCAGCAUGGAGUCCCAGCUCAUCCCAGAUUCCGCUGAGGGGAAUGCGACCUCAGAAGCAUCCAGGGAGGAGGAAGAAGCAGCCCUGACCGCUGACCUGGAGAUUUUCCUGGACACACUGCGGAGCAUGGAGCCCCCUGAGAUCCUCCGAACUCACCGAUUGCCCCGAGCUCCUCGCUCGUCCUACCUGGCCAUGUAUGCCACUCUGCCCGCCAUUGAGGAGGAUCAGCUGGGGCCAUCCAUUCCAAGACCCAGUCCCCAGGAGGGACCUGCAAUGGAAGAGGAGGAGGAGGAGGAGGAGGAGGAGCUGGAGAACCCCUAUCUGAGCGAUGAUGAGAAGCUUCAGCGCAGGCUGGAGAAAGCAGGGCCCAGCCCCUCUCCAGAUCCCCACCCCCCCAAGCCUGCCAAGGUCUCCUGCUCUCCUCUGGAGAUGAUGAAGAAGCACAUAGCAGGUCAAGGCUCUGAACCUCAGCCCAGCAACCGGCCGACUUCGCGCCUGGGAGGCAGCCUUCUCUUCGGCAAUCUGGUAUCAGCCAACAAGGACACCCCAGCGCGGGAACCACUAGGGUCAAAAUUAUCUGCUCUGCCACCCCAUGGAGCACCAGGCGUCAGGAAGGUGCCUGGACAAUUGCCCCUGCUCUGCAGUGGAAGGCCGCCACCAGAGAUUCCAGCACCUACCCAGCCCCCGGAAGGGUGGAGCCCAGCGCUGAAGACCCAAGGCAAGCUGAACACCAGACCUGGGAAGGUGACUCUCUUCUCAGAGCCCGGCUGCCAGGGCAGAAGCUGGGAGGUCUGGGGGGACACCGCAGACGCCUCAGGCUGGGCCCCUGUGGCCUCCGUAAGGGUGGUGCGAUGCUGCUGGAUCCUAUAUGAACAGCCGGAGUUCCAAGGCCAGAAGCUUGUUCUACCUGAAGGAGAUGUGGAACUCAGAGCCCUGGUAUCCACGUGGAGUACCCCAGGCAUUGGCUCCCUGAGGAGGGCUGUGCGGGACUACUGCACCCCGGGGAUCAGCCUGUUCUCUGAGGAGGGCCUCAAGGGCAAGCAAGUGAUGCUGACGGGAGACUUGAAAGACUCUCAAGGACUAGAGAGACCCCUACAGGUGGCAUCUGCCACCGUCACUGCAGGAUUGUGGCUGCUAUACCCCAAACCAUUCUUUGAAGACACUCCCUAUAUCCUAGAGCCUGGAGAGUACCCUACCUUGGAGGCCUGGGGCACAUCAGGCCCCACUGUGGGUUCACUAAAGUCCAUGAGAUUGGGCUGCCCAAGCGUGGAGAAGCCAGGCGAGCCCAAGGCUGUGGUAUAUGAGGCCCCAGGUUUCCAGGGGCAGAGCUGGGAAGUAAGCGGAGACAUCUACAACCUUCAGCAGCCAGAGGACAGCCAGAGUCCCCAGCUGACCUCGGUGGGGUCCCUGCGAAUUCUUGGGGGCUGCUGGGUAGGGUACGAGAAAGAGGGCUUCCGGGGCCACCAGUACCUGCUGGAAGAGGGCGAAUAUGCUGACUGGUCACAAUGGGGAGGCUACGAUGAGUUCCUGACCUCCCUGCGGGUCAUCCGGACGGACUUCGGAGACCCGGCCGUGGUGCUGUUUGAGGACAUGGACUUCCAGGGGCACUGCGUGGAGGUGAGUUCCGCUUUGCCAGACGUGGAGCUAGCUCAGCACGGACCCAGCACGCAAGCCAUCCACGUGCUCAGCGGCGUGUGGGUGGCCUAUGAGCAGGUGGGCUUCUCCGGCGAGCAGUACAUCCUGGAGAAGGGUGUGUACCGCAACUGCGACGACUGGGGCUCCGGCAGCUGCGCCCUUGGCUCCCUUCAGCCCGUUGUGCAGGUUGGGGAGAGCGAUCUUCACUUUGUCUCGAAGAUCCAGCUUUUCUCAGGCCCCAACUUUUUGGGCGACCAUAUUUCCUUUGAGGAUGACCAGGCCUCUCUGCCCGCUUCCUUCCAUCCGCAGUCGUGCCGGGUCCAUGGUGGCAGCUGGGUCCUGUUUGAGGAGAAGAACUUUGAGGCCGACCAGCACAUUGUGUCGGAGGGAGAAUACCCCACUCUCACGGCCAUGGGCUGCCUGGCCUCCACGGUCCUGGGCUCUCUCCGGAAGGUUCCCUUGCACUUUUCAGAGCCUUCCCUGUCCCUCUUCGGCCUGGAGUGCUUCGAGGGCAAGGAGAUCGAGCUGACUUCGGAGGUUCGAAGCCUUCAGGCUGAGGGCUUCAAUAACCAUGUGCUGUCUGUGCGCGUCAAGGGUGGCGUCUGGGUAGUGUGUGAGCACAGUGACUUCCGGGGACGACAGUGGUUAGUGGGCAGCUGCGAGAUCACCAACUGGCUGACCUACAGCGGCACCCAGAGGGUGGGCUCCCUCUACCCCAUCAAGCAGCGCCGAGCCUAUUUCCGCCUCUGGAAUGCAGCGCUAGGGGGAUUCCUGGCAGUGCCUGACCACGUGGAAGACAUGAAAGCAGGCCGUGUGGUGGUCUCUGAGCCCCGAGCCGGGGGCAGCUGCGUCUGGUACUAUGAAGAUGGACUGCUGAAGAACCAGAUGGCCCCCACUAUGAGCCUACAGGUGAUUGGACCUCCUAGUCCAGGCUCCAAAGUAGUGCUAUGGGCCGAGAGCCGCCUACCACGCCAAACUUGGAGCAUCAGUGAAUUGGGUCACAUCUGCAGCCAGAUGUUUGAAGGCCAGAUCCUGGAUGUGAAGGGUGGCCGAGGUUAUGACCGGGACCAUGUGGUGCUUUGGGAACCUACCAAGGACAGGCCUUCCCAGAUCUGGACUGUUCACGUACUUUGAACAGCUUCACUGAAGUUUCCUGCUGGAGACUUUUGCUGGGAUGAGACAUUUUUUAUAGAUUGUUGCUGUAA